UUUCAAAAGCGCGCAGUAGUGGAGUUUUUCUUGUUUACAUUCCUUUUCUCUAAAAUUCUCCGCACGAUGGACGAUCAGGGAUGUCCGAGGUGCAAGACCACCAAAUACCGGAACCCCUCUCUGAAGCUGAUGGUCAACGUUUGCGGACACACGCUAUGUGAGAACUGCGUGGAGAUGUUGUUCGUCCGUGGCUCGGGUAACUGUGUCCAAUGCGACACGCCCUUGAGGAAGAGCAACUUCCGCGUGCAGCUCUUCGAGGACCCGACCGUCGACAAGGAGGUGGAGAUUCGGAAGAAGGUGCUGAAGAUAUACAAUAAGAGAGACUCGGACUUCCCAACGCUGAGAGAGUAUAACGACUACCUGGAACAAGUGGAGGACAUCGUCUACAACCUGACCAACAACCUGGACGUGGAAAACACUAAGCUGAGGAUGGAGCAGUACCAGCGGGAGAACCGAGACAUGAUCCAGAAGAACAAGGACAAGAUGACUCGAGAGCAGGAGGAGCUGGAGGAGCUUCUGCUGCUGGAGCAGCGCGGCAGCGAGCAGCGACGGCUGGAGCUGCUGCAGGAGGAGAAGCGGCAGCUGCAGGCCAAGAGGAAGAACAAGCAGGCGCUGCUGGAUGAGCUGGAGCAAUCUCAACUUCCCGCUGCACUCCUGUUGGCACAGCACAAGGCCAGAGCAGCCGAGCUAGAGACCAAGAUUGAGCAGCAGAAACAGACGGUUAAGCCAACCAGCAUCUUCUCCACCGGCAUCCAGAUGGGUCAGACGGUUUCUCUUCAGCCGUUUCAAAGGCUCCCAGAGGUUCUGUACCAGUACCAGCCACUUCAGAUUCAGACCUACGGACCCCCGGUGCCUGAACUGGAUCAGCUCAGCAGACAGGGGUAUCUGAACCACGUGCGUGCUGCCUUACCUCAGGACACGGCGGGAGGAUACACGUCGGCGCUGGCCUGUCACAGAGCGGUCCAGGAGGCCUUCACGGGUCUGUUUCCAUGGAAACGGUGACGCCGGCGUUUGACAGUUUUUCAUGUUUUGUAUUAAAAUAAACUCCACAAACUUCAGUCGACUUGUUUAAUAAAAUUAAAAAAGUAAUUGUUCAUAAAAAGAAUGUCGACAUUGUCUC